CGCUUGUGUCUAAUCCUACAUUGUGAAAUAAUUCUGAAAUACGAUUACGCGAAUGCGAAAUUUUGAAAUAAAACUGACAUUAAUAUUAUUAAUGAUUUGCAUAACAUACAUUUAUGCCAUUGAAAUGUUAAAUAACAACGUAUUCAGUUAAAGUCUGUUAAAAAUUUAAGACUGCUUAGUGAUCUCGGGGAAAACAUUCAUGUAGCUCAAUAAGUUUACGUAGUCGCUUUAUAUAUUUGGUGUUUUUAAAGAGUUAAGAAUAAGUGAUCUUAUGAGAGACUGCCGCUACACCACCAAUUGUUUCUAAGGAUGCCCUCAAAUAACCUGAAGGUAGAACAGAGUACAUCGCACUGCACGACGCCUUCAGAGCGGGUCGAGAGGCCGGUCACUGUCAAAGUCGGGUGCCUACACAUCAACCCAGCGUCCAAACGAGGUAGAAGAACAUUCUUCGUCCAAAUGCUGGUCCUGUGUUUCGUGCCUCACGCUGCCCUCAUUGUGCAGAACUGCGCCAUAAUCUCUCAACUGUCAAGCACUUUGGACUCCUCACUGUUUUUAAACUCAGAGGUAUUCACCAGUCUGAUAGCGGAGGGCACAGUCGUCUCCCUCCUGGAAGAGAGAUUCCAAAUCGUGAACUAUACUCUCGCGCAGGAUUUUAACAGAAUGUAUCUUGGACACGUAUUUUCCAAGUCCGAUGCAAAUCUGGACGCCAUCGGCGGUCUAGUGGACAACGGCCUCAAAAUCAACUUGUACCAAUUAAGAGAGGAUAUUUUAAGCAGUAGGGACUUAAAGAAACUAGAUAUCUUUAAGAGAUUGGCAGUAUACGAGGAAAUAAAUUCAGUAUUACUUCUGUACUUAAUGAAGAAUUUAAAAUAUGCUACGACGUCUUUGUGGAGACAAUUGUCGGCAUGUUACGAGCUGCUCAAAAGUUUAGAGGAGUUGUCCCUUUCGUACUCGUCCAUGGCACAUCUGACUGAGUCAACAGACCUGGAGAUCAUUGCCUUCUUCAGGAACCGCCAGCUGUCCUUCCUGGAACACCUUGAGAUGACACUGCAGUAUAUGGCGAUGGAGAAACUGCUCGGAGAAGGGAGGGUAGUGGCGGAGAUUGUUGAUUACUAUCGACAGAUAAAAGUGGUGACUCACUUUGAUAACAUUAACGGCAUUCAACUAUACUCACUCGAUGAGGUGGAGACGUACGCAGAUCAUACCAGGUUCUGUGUAGUCCAGCUGAAGAACGUCCAGGAAGGCUUAUGGGAUGUUCUCAGGGAAACAGUACGACGUGAGAUCUGGUCAGCGAGGAGGACCCUUGGCAUAGGGAUCAUAAUACUGACCAUUGUGCUGUUGGUGUCGCCUGUACUCGUGUUGUUGUUGCGGCACACUGUACAGACUAUACAGACUUUCACACAAUCGAUCCACCUGAGUACGCAAAAGCUUAUGGCAGAGAAGCAGAAAAGUGACUUGCUUCUAUCAAGGAUGCUUCCUGCGCCCGUUUUGCGGAGGCUACGAGCUCAAAGGACAGUCCCGGCGGAAUCAUUCGAUGCUGUGACAAUAUUCUUCAGUGAUAUUGUCGGUUUCACCAAUAUAUCGGCCACUAGUACGCCGAUGGAAGUUAUUAAUAUGCUCAAUAUGUUAUAUAGGUUGUUUGAUGAGAAAAUAAUGCAAUACAAUGUAUACAAAGUGGAGACGAUCGGAGACGCUUACAUGGUUGUGUCCGGAUUACCGCAGAGAAAUGGUAAUAGGCACGCAGCAGAAAUAGCGGACAUGUCGUUGUCUCUGAUGAGGAGUCUCGAAGGCGCAAGAGUUCCGCACAGGCCUGAGGAACUGCUGCGGAUACGAGCUGGCGUGAACACUGGACCAUGCGUGGCCGGGGUCGUGGGGACCACAAUGCCGAGAUACUGCCUCUUUGGUGACACCAUCAACACGGCUAGUCGGAUGGAGAGUACGGGAGAAGCGAUGAAAAUUCACAUAUCAUAUACAACGAAGAAAGCCCUGGACGAGAUAGGGAACUACGAGAUCCAAUCUAGAGGAAUAAUGGACGUAGCUGGCAAAGGAAGUAUGGAGACGUAUUGGCUUCUGGGGAAGAUCGGCAACAUUGAACACGAGAGUCCGCGCUGUCUCCGCUUGCACGACUACGAUCACAACCUUCUUGAACUUAUAAUAAGGUCGUAAUUUGCUUAGCUAGUAUCAAAUUUCAGAGUUCCAAAGCUCAGUUGUGCUCCGUUGCGGCGACGCAGUACUCGUAGCUCCGUUGUUCUCUAUAGGGUUGACAUGCGUUGACGUACGUCGAAACUUCAUAGAAUUUUUACGUCGUUCUGCGUUGAUCCCUCGACGGAUGUCAAAUACUUUGCAGCGCAACUGAGCUCUUAUGCCGGCUCCACAUAGUAGUCGAACUUUAGCGGUUUCAGUAUACAUUGCUGGUUUCUCAUUGCGGUAAAUAAAAGCGCUCAUACUAACUACGCAAUAUUCACAGAGUUCGGUGACAGUGUGGAGCUGGCAUUUGAAGAGAUCUUUUAUUAUAGUUAAUCGAAUUUAGAAUUGGAACAAUAAAUUUCUAGAUAAUAAAGUCAAUCUUGGUCUGUAAAUUGUAACUAAGUACUAUUUUUUGAAAUAUUGUAUGAACGUAUCAAUCAACACUACAAGCGCUAUCGUACAUCACUCAAGAUUCGUCUCUGUUCCCGUAGCAUAGAGUUCAAAGUAAGUUAGGUGUGGUUGAUUGUGUGUGUAUUUUGAACGUUGACUGUUUGACUGACAGAAAUAUAUAGUAAAUAAACUGAUUAUAAUACUUAAUGAUAAUCAGAUUGCUUUUCUCUCAACCUUAACAUUGUCAAAUAAUCGAUUGGCUAAACGAUGGAGCAAUAAAACUAAGAAGUGAACAUGAUAAAGAAUCAAAUUUGUGUCUUGCAUGUCCUGGUCUUUUAUGUAUUUCGCAGCAAAAUAGCAAUUUUCAAUUGCUCACGUAAAAGGUUAUAAUUAUAAAAAAGUUCGUAAGUAGUAAGUAAGUAUAUUUUCUUUAAAUGGAUCUAUUUCAUGAAAAAUUGUUUCGAAAAUACAACAAUUCUACAGAUGGCUCUUGACAUUUUCUAAAAAAAAAAAAAACCCCUGGAUUCUGUAAAACUUUAUUACUAAAAAUAUAUUCGAUUUCUUGUGUCAAUUAAAUAUUUUUAUUGUAUUUACCAUUCGACUUUCAUUCUUUCAGAGUAAAACUUUAAAAUGUCAGACAGACGCUUAGUCCAACCAGUAGGACGACGAGCCUAUAGAACUUUGAAUCGACAUUAAUUUUAUAUGUCUGUUAAAGUUAGUUCGGUAAUCCAUUUUAAAGCGGAUAUUUUUGCCGAUUUAGUUAAAAUUCUAUAUCGUAGAUGUAUUAAAAUUAUAUAGGACAUUUGGAUUAGUUGACAACGCACGAGGACAAUAAAAUAGGAGAAAAAAAAAACUUAUGUCGCAAAAUGAAUUUUUUUAGAAAUUGUAUCCGCUAUAUAACUGUGAAAACCGCAUCAUCCAAUUCCAUCCAGUAGUUUUUGCAUAAUGCGCGAACAAACAGACAGACAGACAAUAAUUUAAAAAAUUUGUUUGGCUUCUAUUAGUCCCAUAAAAACGCCCAUCAUAUUUUUUUUUCUUCAAUAUCUCCUAUGUACGUACAGACAUAGCUCAUUUACAGUUUUAUUAUAUGUAUAGAUUUCAAUUUAGUCAGUUUUAAUUAUAAUCUAUAGGUAGCGAAGUAAAAGAUUUAUAACAACGACCAUCAU